AUGUGCUUUUUAUUCACCGAUCCUGACCUCAUCAUUGAUGAACCCGGAUUGCAAUCUGCUGACCUCAACAUGGACAAGAAAGGGGAUACACUAUCGGAGGAAGAGGCUGCCUCGAACCGCCAGAGAUACGAGGCUCGUGAUUUCAAAGACCUCACUGGUCAUACAUUCGGCACAAUUCCUCCGGAUUUCAAGCCAGUACUUACCAUACCACGGACAGAGCGCCAUGACCAAGGCAUUUCGGAACCUGCAGCCGACUUGACGAUCAUUGAGAGGUUUACCACAGUCACGCAGUCAGAACAAUCCAUAACGACGAGUAUUCCGCGAAGGCUCACCCCGGGCACCGAGAUAGAGAUAGUCACCAUUAUUGAUGGAACUAAGUUCAUCCCCCUGAGCAGCACAUCAGACGUGACGAGCCCCAGUCAGGGGUCAGAGAACAUUUCACUUGAGGAGACGACUACUGAGGAGCCUAGCUUGAGCACCACGAAAACUCUGUUCGCUUCAACCUUAUACGAAUCAAGUGAAGAAAGCUCUUUGACUACAUCAUACACCACCGAUUCAAGCACUGAGCUUCCACCACCGUCUUCAUCCCCGGCUGCGUCUGAAACGUCAGCUCUAUCAGAUACCACCAAAAUUGCAAUAGCGGUUGUCUCCUCCAAGGCCCCUCCCCCUGUGUUCGAUGUAUUCUCAAGCCUCCACGAGCAUUUACCCAACUCCCCAAUCGUCCAAAUCAUGGAGAAUCAGGAGAUCUCCGCCUCUCAUGAGACUGAUUCUUCGUCCAAAACCCACCAUAAUGACCCUCGCGAGCUUGUGGACUUGACUGGAAGUGUCUACAGCACAAUUCCAUCUGGCUUCAAGCCAGUUCUUAUACUUGCAUCCUUAUAUCUUCCAGGAAAAGGCAGAGAGGAUGUAACACUCAUCGACAAGGUUGAUGGUACUUCUACCAAAGAUGGCGUGAUAGUCAUAGGUACCGAGACUUGGGAACCUUUCACGGGGUAUACAAGGCAUAAGCACGAGACAUUCACACUUUUCUUGCGUCCUACGGAGACCACGAGCAGCGAUAACGAUAUAGUCAGCAUCAUCAGCCAUUUGACGCUGCCAGGUCCAACUCCGACAACCUUGAGUGAGGAGUUGACUUCAAGUUCGUCAACCUCAGAGAGUUUGGCAAUUCCAACUGCUGAAUCUUCAGACGGCCCUCUAUCUAUGGCUAUUUUCUUUCUUGACUCUGAGCAUAUCGACGAUGCUCAAAGCCAGUCUCCUGACCUGGAAACGACCGAAAGCGAAGAAUUUGAACAUGAAAACACAACGCAUUUCCUUAAUGAGCCUCGCGUCUUCGUCGAUUCCUUGGGCCAUACCUAUAGCGACAUGAAAUCCAACCAAGAACCGUAUUCGACUUACGCGAAGAUCAUUACAAUCCCACACAAAAAGGUUCAAGAACCGGUGACCUUCACCUCAAGGCACACGAUAACCAUUACCUCGAUGGCAACUCUAACUUCGUUUACCACUAUAUUCGAAACAAAGCACCUGGGUCCUGUUGAUCCAUUGCCCAAAGUCACUUCAAAGAUCACUACCCAUAUAACAAUAACAGCUGUCAAAGACCAUUCGACAAGUUCCGCUUGGGCAAAUCGACUAAUCACAGACCCCAGCCCUUCAUUCCCUCCCAGCGUUGAUCCGAGCGCUGAUCCAUCACUUUGGAGUACUGUUACUAUAAGUGACGGGAUACGUUCAAGCUCAGUCUUGACUUCAUCGUAUACCACUAGUCAAGAUGAACCAAAUCUACCAACAACUACUACAGAAGCUUCUUCUUCAAAACACUCUUUAACAACAGCUGAGGUAGUGCCUAUGGCACUCGGUGUGUUCUUCAUACUUGCCUCAACAUGUUUGAUAAUCCAUUCUUGGUUACGAAGUCGCCGAAAACGAAAAAGCACCAGGCCCGGCACUUGUGUAUCCCGCGGCGUGGAAACUUCACGAUCAAACCCAACUCCGUCAAACUCGCCAUACGGCCAAGAGCUCAACCCUGUAUUGACCCUCUAUCGCUCUACCAAUGCAAACACACUUCUAACUACCGAUGCACAUCGUAUGUCUUUCGAGCUCAAUGACAAUGGUUACAACAUGGGCCUCAAAUACUAUAAAUUGGGACCUUCUGGUUCGAGCCAUCCUGACGGACACAAUGCAGACCUCGACCAAGAUCCUGAGUCAAAAGGCUAA